UAGGGUUUUCUUUCUCCCUCCAGCUAUGGCGCAGGUGGAGCUGCGGCGUUUCUCUGCGGACACGGCACUCUACACUACUGCGGCGGUGUUUCUUGUCACACUCUUGCUUCUUGUCUCGGUGCUGGUGGCGUCGCUCAGGCGGAAGAAGCGCAACACGAUCGUGAUUCUGGGGCUUAGUGGAUCUGGAAAGACUGCGCUCUUCUACCAGCUUCGUGAUGCAUCGCUCUACGAAGGAACUGUUACAUCAAUGGUGCCAAACGAAGACACUUUCCUUCUCCACUCAGAGAUUUCCAAGAGUGGAAAGAUCAAACCAGUUCACGUUGUUGAUCUGCCGGGACAUCCUAAGCUAAGGCCGCUUCUUGAUGACUAUCUUCCAAAAGCUCAAGGUAUUCUCUUCAUGGUUGACGCUCUAGACUUUGUUCCAAAUGUCCGAUCCACUGCCGAAUAUCUCUACGAGGUACUUUCCAAGCCACUGGUUGUGAAGCGAAAACUCCCGGUGCUGAUUGUGUGCAACAAGUGUGACAAAGUCACGGCUCACUCGGUCGAUUUCAUCCGGAAGCAAUUGGAAAAGGAGCUGGACAAGCUGCGAGUAACCCGGACAACACUCGAAGGCUCCGACGUUGCGGCCGAAAUCAAGCCGGGCAUCGAUGGCGAGCCAUUCAAGUUCUCUCACUGCGUUAACAAAGUUACCAUGGUCGAAACUUCCGUGAUCACCGGCAAGGUUGGCGAGGUCCAAACUUUUAUCCGAGAGCAAGUAAAACCAUGACAAGAAAAACUCGGCUUUAUUUUUCUUGUUCCACUGUUUCUCUUUGUAACCAGCGAAAGUUUUACAUGGGAAAAAUGGUCCCCGUUCUCUGUACAAUUUGACAAAAAACUAAAAACCUUUGAUUUGUA